AUGUCCGGCCAUCAGUUCAUAGUGACAGAUAUAGAUUUCCAGCAGCUGCAGCAGAGCAAUGAGGAGAAAACUAUUAUUUCAGCGCCCGUGAAGGAAGAGGAUAUAUUUUAUUUGUCUUCGGAUCAAUUUGCUCAUGGAAUAUCCAAUUUUGAGGUUGUCGAAACUAUGGACAACACUAUGAGUAUCCCUGAAGGUUCAAACUACACCAUCCCGUUCUCGGAUGAGCAGAUACAGCUGCUGAUGCAAACCGUUUCUGACAACGAGGCAAGCAGCGCGAAGAUGGGCCUCGAUCUGAGCGGACUGCUGGGCAACGUCGUGCCCAAAUCAGAACCUAUGAUGAACUCGCAUCUUGUAAAGUAUAAGUCCGACGAAAACGGAAAGAACGUGAAGGUCUGGGAGUGCGGUAUAUGCCACAAGGAAUUCGGACACCAGUACAUUCUGAUGCGCCAUCUUCCCACCCACACGGACGAGCGAAAAUUCCAAUGUAAGCAAUGUGGCAAAGCCUUUCGCCAAAUGUCCACCCUGUCCCAACACAGAGCCAUCCAUUCCAAACUACGUCCGUACAUCUGUGAAGUGUGCCAGAAGACCUUUAAUCGAGUAUCGACUUUAAUAUCUCACAGAAAAACGCACACAGGAUUAAAGCCUCACUGCUGUCACCUAUGCAACAAAGCUUUCCAUCAGAAAGGAAAUUUGAGGAAUCAUAUUUUUACCCAUACCAAUGAGCGUCCGUACAAAUGCGACGUGUGUCAGAAGGGCUUUAACCAAAUGUCUAACUUGAUGUGCCACAAAUUCAAAGCACAUCAACGCGCGGAUAAACCCAAAUACUCCUGUCAAAGCUGCGGCAAAGAGUUUGAUAAACGCAUAUCAUUGAGGAAUCAUGAACAAUAUGAGCAUGGUGAUCCGGUGGUAUCGAGCACAUCGAACAACAUUCCGAGCGUGAAGUACUCCAAUGGAGUAUUGGUAUCGCCGAUAAAUACUGCUGCUAUGAAACAUGCGGUCGCUACAAAUCAAGUUCCCUUCGCGUUAUUACGUCCACUAAAUGGGAUUCCAGUGCUCGUGCGAAUUUUACCCGCAGGCGUCAAUCAGAUGUUGGUGCCUGCGACUGCCGAAGACCUAAAGAAAUUUGGGGAAAUAACUAUUAAGCGGAACGAAGAUCAGAAUAACACCGCCGAUAAUGACGAUAUGUUCCAGGAGGCUUUACCCACGCUCUCUCCUGAUAUUAGUAAUAAUACUGCCGUUUUCAAGACCGGAGAUGACAAACGAGGAUCUACAGUGCAAAUACGCAUUCCAGUUGUCGCCAGUGUCGUACAGAGAUGUCGAGAUGGAACUGUCCAUAUGGACAUUGAAAGCCCAGGACCAAGACGCGAAAGCGAUUGCCUGUCUACGUGCAUUAGCACUUCAAAUAUUGAUGAAAUAGCACAAGAUCUGAAACAUGGAGUCAUAAUGGAUAUAAAUGGAUCUGGUGAAUUGGAAGGGUUAUUUGAGCUGCAGACGCAAAAUAACAUUACAGCUAUUGGAAAUGCAAUGAAUAGAACAGCUGAAAAAGUGAUUCAAAGCAUAGAUGAAGUGCAGGUCGUCGAAGUGUUAUCGAGUGGACAAACUGUGGAAUUCGAUGAAAUUCCGAUAGGUGUUAAAAAGGAAUACGAGGUGGGUCAAGAUGGUUAUCUGUACGCAGUAUGCGAUAGUUGCGAAAUAUGUUUCUACAAUUUAUAAAACAUUUCGAUAAAUUGCUUUAAAGUCGUUUAUCGUUUAUCUUUAGUAGUCUUUAGUAAAAUAUGUAAUGCUAGAUUUUAAUAUACUGAUAUAAGAAAUAUUAUUUAGGAAAUGGCAAGAGCUGAGCGUGAAAAUUUGACUAAUUCCUCAAUUUGUGAUAAAGGAGAUGAGGAUCUUG